AUGCGAGAAGCCUGGGGAUGUGAGAUAGACACAGUAGACCUGCUUGGAAAGAAGAUGGAUGCUACCUGUUUUUACCGUUCUCUAUUUUGGAAUUUGAGAAUGGGGUACUGGGCAAAUGCAGAUGUGGCUAAUGGAAACCCGCAGUUACCGAGAAUGUCUCAGGAUGGUAUACGAGCAAUGCAUUUCCUGCAACGUGUGCCAUGCAAUCGUUCGUGA